GGCACUUUGUCUUCGUUUCGUUGAUCCUCAAUCCAAUUCCAUCGGCCUCGAGUUCUAGUCGGGAGUUGCACACCGCCGAUGAUGUCGCUGUCUUCCGCGAAGCCAAGGAAUUCACCUUGCACUGCAUACUGUCCAUAGUAGCCCUCAACAGCCGUAUCAGCUGCGCAGGGAAACCGUACUGCCGCAUCCAUAGCUCGGUCCGAUCUAUGGUAUCAUAGGGUGCCUUGAAGUCCAUGAACGGGUGGCUGCGUGGGGAUCUGGUGCUCCCGGCACUUCACUUCUAGCUGAUCUGUCGUAGAGUUCCCCUCCAAAAAUUCCAGUUUGAUAGCUUCCAACGAAAUCUGUAGCAAAAGGUGCAAGUCUGCAGAAGAGUAUGCGGGACUGCCUGACAAUCAGCCGACGCAUGACAGCACAUCGCUGCUAGCCGACUCGUGGAGUUUCAGCUGUCUGAUGGCACUGAUGACUUCAUCCAACGAUAGCGGGGGUACUUAGUCAUUGGCAUGCUGGCUGUGGUAGUGUCAGUGGUCAUUAAGGGACAUUGCCUCGGUAGUGGCAAUCUCACAAUUCAAACGACGCAGAAUAAUGCAAGGCCCGCAAUAUUGGCUUCAUAUUUGCGCUCCCCAAUCUAGCACACAUUGAUACAUUCCUAUUGACUUCUCUCGCGAAUCGAAGCAACCCAACCAUACACACAUAGCAAUCAUUGUUUCCGGUGGGCAAAUAAAAUUCGCGAGUGUCCUUCACAAAAGUGUUGUGCGAAAUUUUUAGACUUCAAAUUGUACGCCGUUAGAUUCGUGAUCAAAUCGUUCAAGUGCAAUAACAACCAUCUAGCUAUCUCGGCCAUUCGGAAAAGGGAAACGGGCGUUGGAGCAAUGCCUGAUAAUAGCUUUACGCAAAUCCUCACGAGCGGAUGUCUACACUACUCGGAUGCGGAUGCAACGCUGCACGACGUACGGCGGAGAUCGCAGCGUCAGUCGCAUCAGCUGCACGCGGAACCGUCCGUGUGUGAGGACGCGAAAGAAUUCCCUCAGUACGAAACGUCUGCCGGUGGUGAUGUGCGCCGGAUGUUGGCCGAUCGGGGUGGUGGAUCGAAACGGUACGAAACCCUGAGCACCCUGUCAUCGGGCGACCGCGACUGGGAAGCGGAUCAGUACGGUGAGGAGCAUUACGAUCGCGACACACGUUGGCACACCAGACACCAACCAUCGUUCAAGUACGAUUCGUACGAGGCAACCGGGUACGGUCAGGGGCGCAACCCGAGCAUGCUACCGUCGGUAAAGCUUAAGGUUGCACACCAGGAACCGAUCUCCAUUCGGCCGCGAAACAAAAAUCCACAAAUUGUAAACGUUUGCCAAACGUUUCGCUUUCCGGACAACUUUAUCACGCAGAACAACGCAACUCGGAUGGUGCAGCAUCAGGAUCGGUUGACGCAGCAGCAAUUUGCGCCCGUCCCGGCCGUUCGUCGGGCUCCCCUGCUAUCGCCGUACCACAGUGCGAGUCGGUCCCGUGCCGGUGGGUUUUUCAGCGUGUACCGACGCCACCGGAACAUGCACAGCCAGACAAGCCGGACGUUGAUCGAGCUGGUAGAGGCAGAGCAGAAAGUGCAGCAGCAGCAGCAAACGCUUCGACCAACGGCUGGGCCACGCACCACAACAAACUACCGUGUGCCGGAGGAGUCGGUGCUAGCUUCCAGCGACAGUGAAUCGUCGACCAUCGGAGACCCGACCGACGGCCGGUCGAGAAUGGCCGCCACGGACCGGAAGGCUAAGGUGCUUUCCAUGGCACGGGAACAGUUGCGUGCGGGAAAUGUGGGUCGUGCACCGCACCAAGUUCCGUACUUCGACCGUACCAAGCGGAACCGUUCGUGCACGAAGCUCGUCGAUGGAGGCGCUACGAUGGGUGGCCAUUACGGUCGAAGCACCAAACAGCCGGCGGCCGUCGGUACGGUCGGUAAGUCGUCCCGGUACGUUGUGGCAAAGACGAAGGUGGAUCAUCGUCGAACGACAACGCAUGCGCAGGACGCGCACGACUCUCCGUUCGUGGAUGAUCCGUUCGUUUCCGGUCCGGUGGGCCGGGUGACCCGCAAGCAGCUACAUCUGGCCGAAGAAUCGCACGACGACGAGGAAGGGUUGGACGAGGAGGAGGACGAAUCGGACGAUGGAUCGAUCGAUGAGCAGCUGGACGGUGAGCGGCGUGACGAGUGUAAUGCGACGACGCUGCUCAGUCUGGAAGGUGAGAGCGCCGAAGAUCAGGACGAGGAACCGAUCGGCGAUACGUUCGGCCGACGGCGUGGACAUGCGCCGGAUGUGAUGUGCGUUGGGGCGGGUUCGAAGGAAGGCUCGGUCAGCAUUGCCGGCAUCGUGGACAAGCUGCAGGACAAUGUGUGGGAGGUGUGUCUGGAGGGCAUAUGGGAUUUGAUGGAUACGGCGGGCAGGAUCGAUUGGAAGGCGCAGGAGAAGUACAUCACCGUCAUCAACCGGAAGUUGAUCGAGUUCCUGAAAUCUCCCCGGACGGCACUGUGCCGGUCGGCGUGCCAGGUGUCGGGUGAGCUGUUCUGCCAGGCAAAGUCGACGAAACGGCCAGAGUUUGAUGAGAUGGUGGACAUACUGCUGUGCAAGACGGCCGAUCCGAAUCGCUUCAUACAGAAGGAUGCGAACGUGGCGCUGGACAAGCUGGUCACUUACAUUCCCACACCGCACACCGUACGGGCGAUAUCGAAUCGUGGAACCAUCCAUCGAAAUCCUCUUGUGCGGACCGCUACGGCCCGUCUGCUCGUGUGCAUUUGUGUCGUGUCGGGACUGGACGCCAUCUUGGGCACCACCGCCAACACGAGGACACGCAAAACCAUCCUAUCGAUGUUGGCCAAAUUUUUGACGGACAAAAACAUGGAAACCAGGAAGUUCGGCGAACGGUUGUACCGGAUGUUGCGGAAGCAUAAAUUUUUCGACGAAUACUUCUACAAGGACAUGGACAACAAUUUGCGCACAAAUCUGAAGCGCGUGCUGAAAGGUGUCUGACGAUGGCUCUAUGCGUCCGGCGUUUUCUGCUCGAACUGAAGCAUGAUGACGAUGUACGUGGCGGAUGCGGCCAGGGUCUGGAAUGAGACAGGCAUGAGCUGGAUGUCUGAUGUCGGAUUUUGUUUCGUCGAUCUUACCGAACCAAACAGUCCGUAGUUAAUCGAAUAGAGCCCGUUGGCGGUGAAUACGAAGGGUUGCAGCUUGGUCCGGACGAUAAAAUUGUUAAUCUGAUCCCAAAGUGAUGCAUUGUAGAAGGGUUUCAGUAAAAUUCGCUUAAUUUCGUGAACCUGUU